UUCCAAAUCAAGGGAAACAGACUAUGUGGAACAGUCCAUAAGAACCAUUGUGUGUUCAUGAAAUAGCAAGAAUAUAUUAAUAGCUCUGUAACGACAGAUACAGUCGAAAAGAUGGCGAGCUCUGGGUUUCCAAAAAUCAAUAAUGAACUCCUUCGCUUCAAAGCGUUUUACUUCUUCUUCCUUAGUGCCUUCGGUUCACUUUUACCGUAUUUGUCGGUCUAUUUCAGGCAAAUAGGGCUGUCUGCAAGUCAUGUGGGGCUGUUGAUUGGCAUGAGACCGAUUAUACAGUUUGCAAGCGCGCCAUUUUGGGCAAUAAUGGCGGACAGAUAUAAAAAACGCAAGCCAAUAUUGGUAAUGUCGAUAUUCGCAUGGCUUAUCAUGACUUUAGCUCUAGCAUUUGUGGAACCAACUACAGAGAUCUGUGAGAUGCGUAUUGAAAAUAAUUCCAUGCUACAAUUUGUUAAUUAUACGAAAAUAAAAACUGGAUUUUUCAGUCGACGCUCUCUUGUGUUGACGGGUAGAAUCAAUAUGACGACUGCCAUCGUGAAUGCGUCUUACUUACACAAGUUUAGAAGGAAAGAUAAUGUGUUGAACGACUAUAAUAAAAAGGGAGGAUUUUCUAUAAUCCAGUCUCCAUUAACAAAGAAGACUUUUUCUGCAAAGAAUCACAUGGCAUCUCAUCCCUCGGUUGGAUCUAAGUGGAGAUCAAAAUCAUUGCAGGUCAAUAGGACAAACAAAAAUGCAGUGAUUUCGGAAGUUAAGGCCAUGGAUUAUAAAGAAAAACCUUUUAAAAACAUCUUGUCUGAUAAUAACACAUUACAUAAACCACGACGAACUAUACCAGGGAUACAAUCUAAUAAGAUAUUCAGAGCGAUUAAAGAUUACAAGACGUUGAAAAACAGCGAGAAAGUCGCUGGUAGUAACCACUUUACAAAAAGUGAUAAAAACCUCGUCAAGGAAAAACGGAUGGAUUAUUUGAAACUUCAUGGAAGAUCAAAAACAAAUGCAACAAGGCCAAGACUGCACAAAGCAAAGCCACAUAGCUCCACAGUUGCAUUCUCAACAGGUGAUUUUACAGAUAGCAGCCAUUUUACAGUGGACAAGGUAGAUGAAACGACCAAUGAAAGUGGCGAAGAAUUUUCUGGAGAGCAGAGUAAAAAAYCAGGGAAUGCAAGCAUUCCUAAGCACAUAAAAGAGGCUGCAGAAAAACUUCAAAAACAACUCACAAAUAGUAUUCAUCUUUUAAACCACAUCGCCAAAAACUCCAGUGAAGUUCUCCUACACCACGCCAUUGCGAUGUUUUCAAAAAAGGACAAAAGUGACACAGUGAGGCAUAGUCCGCCAAAAACCAUUCCACAGCUGUCAAAUGUCAUUAACAAUUUCGUAAAAUCAUCUCAUGGUUAUAAGUCAGUGAAUCUGGAAGGUUCGGGCUCAGGUGUUGGAUCUUCUUUAUUGUUAAGCAGUGAUAACGAUUUGACUAAUUUAGCCAUGUCACACAUUAACCCAAAAGAUGGUUUGAAUACUCCUGACGAUCUUCAUCAAAAGGAAUCCAAGGAAACACUCAGAGGUGUUAUCCACCACAGCGUCCUUCCUCAUCAUGUCUUGACUUUAAAACGGAAUGAUACAGAAAGGUUGUCGGUUACGCAGUUACUUGGUGAUAGUGAUGAAUAUAAAUCAUCUGCGCAGUCCGGUUCUGGAGAAGCAUCGGGUGCUACAUCAAAUCCUUCCAUCAUCUUGUCUGCGACGGGUUUUAAUCACAUGGACAGCAACACUUCAACAGACGAGCAACAAACAGACUCGCUCAAGCACGUUGGUUCUAACUCACCUUCUGCAACUUCUAACGUCAUAAAUCAAGCAAACACAACUUUAAAAAACCUCUUAAAAUCAAACGAGCAUGAAAUGUCCCGGAUCUUCACAAUCUUGCUUGUUUUCAUAGUUGUCGGAGAAUUUUUAGAGUCGCCUUCAGCUACAUUAGCCGAUGCAUCUCUUCUUGAAGUGCUUGGCGAAAAUCGACAAUUUUAUGGUAAGCAAAGACUGUUUGGAUCCAUCGGGUUCGGAGUGUCUUCAUUCAUUGUUGGUGUUUUGUUAGAACACUCUAGACAUCUCGUUUGCGGUGAUGAAUACAUAGACUACAUGAUAUGUUUCUGUGGCUUUGGUGUGAUGAUGUUCAUCACACUUCUCAUAACAUCGUCGUUUGAGUUUCAUUACAGUGAUACUCAAUCCAACAGUGGUAGUGUCUUUUCUUCAUUAUGUAACGUACACUAUGGCUCAUGCCUGCUUGCUGCAUGCAUCAUGGGUAUAGACUUUAGCAUGUCUCAUAAUUUCCUAGCAUGGUUCUUAGAAGACUUAGGAGCCAGUAAGUCGAUCAUGGGACUUGCUGUCAUUUCACGAUGCUUUGCAGACACCGUAACUUUUUACUUUGCUGGUAAUAUUAUCAAACAUAUUGGACAAGUCCGUGUAAUGAUAAUGGUCCUUAUAUCAUACACGGUUAUUCUGCUCAUAUUUUCUAUACUACACAACCCAUUGUGGGUUAUCCCUGUGGAAAUUCUCGAUGGAAUUACGUAUGCCAUGGCGUGGUCAUCGCUCACCUCGUAUCUUGCAGGGGCGGUUCCUGCUGACUCUCUAACGACACUGCAAGGUAUUUUACAAGGAGUGUACUGGGGUCUUGGUUCUGGUUCAGGAGCAAUCGCUGGAGGCUACCUUAUUCAUCACAUUGGCGUAGUCAAAACAUUUCAAUUCAUGGCGGGUUUAACAUUGACAGUAUGUUUGAUAUUCAGCACGGCUCAAUGGAAAUGGACUAAUAACAACACUUCUAAUGACCAUACACAAACUAAAUACACAUAUUUACCAACUGUACAAACAAAGGAUACCAACGAACUCUUGGGUAGAUAUCAUAUACCUAGAAUUCCCGCCAGAAUCAAAGGAAAGUUCACUGUGAAGUAACAUUUGCUCGAGGACACGUCCACACAAACGCGGAUUCAUUCAUCAGUGAAAUAGCUCGAAGACCCGGUUCCUUCGGCGAAUCUCGGCUUAAUCCAAACCAAACAAUUCAAUCUUUUAUUUACUGAUUAUAGAACGAUUCGCAUUGACUGGGAUUCGGCCUAUGUGAUAUUCUUCGUAUGUUUUAAACAACAAAAGUAAGACAUAAAACUGCUGUAAACUGAUUCAAUUUAAUUUAUUAUAGUGUCCAGCAGUGACCAAAAC